AAGGGGAAAAAAAAAUCUGCUCAAGAGAAAGAGAGCGGCCAUCACACAAGAGUAGCCUAGCCUACUUAGCAAGAAAGUAGAGCGAGAGAAAGAGAGGAGAUGAGGUUCAGCAACAGCUUGGUCGGAGUUGUAAAUUUCUUGACGUUCCUACUAUCUAUUCCAAUUCUGGGCGGAGGGAUAUGGCUGAGCAGCAAAGCCAACACCACCGACUGCCUAAGGUUCCUUCAAUGGCCUCUUAUCAUCAUCGGCGUCUCCAUCAUGGUUGUCUCUCUCGCUGGUUUUGCCGGCGCUUGUUACCGUAACACCUUCCUUCUCUGGCUUUACCUCUUCACCAUGUUCUUCAUCAUCGCCGCCCUCAUCGUCUUCAUCAUCUUUGCUUAUGCCGUCACCGAUAAAGGCUCCGGCCGAACAGUCCCGAACCGCUCCUACCUCGACUACUACCUCUCUGAUUACUCCGGUUGGCUCAAAGACCGGGUUGAGCAGAAUACCUACUGGUCCAAGAUCAGCUCAUGUGUUAGAGACUCCCAUGUCUGCUCCAAGUUGGGCAAGUCUGAGACUGCUGACAUGUUCUACCUCCGAAGCCUCAACCCUAUCCAAUCUGGGUGUUGUAAGCCACCUACGGCGUGUGGGUAUACCUACAUAAACGAGACGGACUGGAGUCAGGUAGCAGGAACGGUGAGCGACAUUGACUGCAGCAGGUGGAGCAACGACCAGACACAGCUGUGCUACGCCUGUGAUUCAUGCAAGGCAGGGGUUCUAGCUAGUGUCAAGAAGAGCUGGAGGAAGGUCUCUAUAAUCAACAUUGUGGUUCUCAUACUACUUGUCAUCUUCUAUAUAAUUGGAAUUGCUGCGUUCAGGAACAAUAAGAGGAUCGACAAUGAUGAGCCUUAUGGAUCUACCCGAAUGACUAAGUCUGAACCCAGUAGGCUCCAGUUCUGAUGAAGAACAAGAACAAGAACAAGAACAAGAAAAACCCAGUAGGUUCAUCAUCAUCCCUUACCCUUGGCCAUCUCUUAUAUACUGACCCAACAGAUAAUAAAUAUUUGGCCUUUCUGGUCCAGUUGGGUUUUUGGGUUUUGAGAAUUAUAAAGAUCUUAAGGUAUUGUAAUUUGUAUUCAGGAAUCAAGACUCAAGAUUCUUUUUCUCCUUUUUCUAAAGUUGUGUAAUAGAGUCGGUGAGACUUACUCUAAUGAGUUUAUGAAUAUUUAAUGCAAAUUGAAAUUUUAGUGUACAGUAAA